GGGAGUCCUCAUCACUUGAAUCCUUUUCGACAUUUUGCAUCGCCAUAUUCAUCCAACACUUCCGGCCACCAUGGGAAGAAGCCUUUCGUUGGCUGCUUCGGAUGUUCAAAUUGGGGGUGAAGUGAGCAGGAAUUCGACGUUAGUAUGUGCUCCCAUAGUGAGCGACUCAGUCGAUGAAAUGCUGAUUCAGAUGGGAAAGGCCGAAGAACUCGGCGCUGAUCUUGUGGAGCUCCGUUUAGAUUUCUUGAACAACUUCAAUCCUCCACACCAUCUCCAAACUCUGAUCAAACACUGUCCGUUGCCCACUCUCGUCACUUACAGACCCACAUGGGAAGGAGGAAGGUAUAACGGUGAUGAAAGCCAGCGACAAGCUGCUCUGCGUUUAGCAGUUGAAUUGAGAUCGGAGUUCGUUGCGUUGAGCUUAAG